AACUCUGCAGAAAUGCAGUGCUUUGAAAUUGAAUUGAAUUCAAUUCAGAUAACGCAAAACCCUACUGCAGCAAUAAACCAUGGGAAUUCUCUCUUGGUUCAGCGGAGGGAGCAACAACACAUCUAAAAAGGAGCAACCCGCUCCAGCCUCAAAACCCGGACCGAAGCCCGAACCCGCGGAGGCCCCCGGCAUGAACGGCGCGGUGGAGGUCCCCCGACCCGACGCCGAUAUCUCGGUUUUCGAGUUCGGUUCGGUGGCCGCCUCCGCCGAUAAGGUGACGCUGGCUGGCUACUGCCCCGUCUCCGACGAGCUCGAGCCCUGCCGCUGGGAGAUUCUGCCGGCGAGUGGUUCCGACGCGCCGCAGUUCCGGGUGGUGUUUUGAGUUAGUUGUGGAAGGCUAAUUGAGAGAUGAGUUCCAUAUUUUUUUUUUCUGUCAUUUUGCGUUGUAAAAUAUUUUCAACUUACUUGGGAAUUUUUUUCGCAAAUUCUAUCUAAUUAGGAUUCUCUUGAUUAUUA